CUUUUUUUGCUACCUCCAAUCCAUGUGGCUUAAAAAAAUAGUUAAUAUGGCAGCCAAAGGUACAGGUCUGUGUACCAUUGUGGCUACAGUGCCUACUGGCCUGGAGAAGGGAGCAGCUGAAGAGUGCAAGCAGGUGCUGGGUAGGGGAGACGUGGUUUCUGAGAGAGGGAAGAUUAUUUUUCAAUUGCAUUGUCUGGAGGAGCUUGCCAAGGUUGAUGAACUAAGAUCCAUUGAAAAUUUCUCUGUGUUGGUGAAAGAUAUUCCAGACUGGUGCAAGGAUGAGAGCUCUGCGCUUGAGCGACUGUUUAAUCUUCCCUCUGAUGCGUCCAUUGACUGGUCCACUCCUCUCUCAGUGUGGAGGCACUAUCAACGCUUGUUGUCAGCUACUAACACCAGUGCCAGCACAACACAUAUUGAUCGUGAUGUCAAUGAUACUCGAAUCAACUCUUCUCAAAACGAUCAAGGCGAUUCUCGAGUCAACGAAGCAAUAAGUGAUCCUAAUUCUCCUAGUGUGGCUCAAGCAGAAGUUCAUCAGAGUGACACCACACAGGAUGCUUUAAAGGAGCUAGAGGCUGCUAUUGAGAGCACAAUGUUGUCUCCGAGGGACCACGUGUCCUCAAGUCCUCCCAUCGGGGACUCGACAGCAUUUCGUGUGACAUGUGUGAGAGGAGGGCGUAAACAUGUCUUCUCAUCGAUGGAGGCAGCUGGCAGACUAGGGGCUGGUCUUGAAAAACGUUUCGGAUGGAAAGUACUGAUGAAGAACUAUGAUAUUGAAGUCCUGUUAAACAUACGAGGAGAUGGAGCCAAGAUUUUCAUUGCACUUAGUCAAGAGAGUAAAUCGAAACGAAAUAUCACCCACUUUGGUCCGACCACUCUUAAGUCUGUCAUUGCGUAUGGAAUGUUGCGGCUUGCUAAUAUACGGCCGGGAGAGGUUGUCCUGGAUCCUCUGUGUGGUGGCGGCUCCAUCAGCAUUGAGGGCUCUUUGGCCUGGCCCUCUACGUAUCAUUUAUUGGGGGAUAACCACGAGCAAGCUGCUCCUAGGGCAAUGGCCAACUGCACUGACUUGAGGUCGAGUGGAGCGGGUAGUGGUCUUAAAAUGGACAUCCUACAGUGGGAUGUACAAAGUCUUCCUCUGAGAACGGCCUGUGUGGAUGUCGUAGUUACUGACUUGCCUUUCGGAAAGAAGAGUGGUAGGAAAGUGGAUAACAGGGUGCUGUAUCCAUUGGCCUUAGAGGAGCUUGGUCGAGUGUGCAAACCCACCACCUCCAGAGCUGUCCUUCUCACCCACGACAACAAAUCUCUCUCAAAGGCUUUGUUGCGUACGAGUUUCUGGAAGCGACAAGUGACCAAAUGGAUCAACAUUGGUGGACUAAAAGCAGCUGUAUAUAUAUUACACAGAACUGGCGAUUUGUGAGAACUAUCAAUAUCUCCUAUGUCUGAUGAUUGCAGCUGUUUUUGAUGACUAAUUAAACAUACUUUGCAGCAGC